UCAUUGUUGGAACGUCGAUCGGAUAUCUUCGUGAGAGAAAAGAAUUUUACGUAAUAUCAUAAAAAAAAAAAAAAAACAAGCUUUUACCAUCACGCUAUGAACGAGUAAUUCUUGUAUGUAGCAACGAAUUAGUAGAACAAGUAAGGGAAGUAACAACAUAUAAUGACACAUCACGAACAAGAAUCGAUCGGUAUGUGAGAUACGAUGAACGUAUCGAUCGAGGAGCAUCGAGGCAAUUCUUAAAUUGUGAAAAUCGUGUUAAGAAAAUUCUCGCUUUUGGAUAACUCUCGAGAAAACACUGUUUCAAUCAAAUAUGUCAAUGUGGAGGAAAUUAGGAUUGCCGCUCUUUCGUCACGGCGAUAGGAUGCGACGCGCGUUAUUCGCGAGUUAUUGCAGUUCCAGCAAACAAGCUGUCGUAAAAACGAAAUACGAUUUGUAUCGACUCGACAAGGGACCGUCGGAAGAGGCGUUUGUGACCGUGGACGAGGCCAGGUACGCUCUGGAGAUGAUGAAUUACAUACGCCGGAUGGAGCACAAAGCCGCGGAUUUGUACAGGCAGCGUCUUAUCAACGGUUUUUUGCACUUGUACGUCGGUCAGGAAGCCGUGGCUGUGGGCAUCAAAUUGGCGCUGGCCGAAAACGACACCUUGAUCACAUCGUACAGAUGUCACGCUUUCACCGUCGUGUUCGGUGCCACAGUUCGCUCGGUUUUCGCGGAACUACUCGGCCGUAAGACGGGACCGUCUAAGGGCAAGGGCGGCUCGAUGCACAUGUACGGGGAGAGAUUUUACGGCGGCGACGGUAUCGUUGGAGGACAAGUGCCAAUCGGUACCGGUAUCGCUCUUGCUCACAAGUACAACGGCACGGGCGCCGUGUCAUUCACGUUGUACGGCGACGGCGCGGCGUCGCAGGGCCAGAUCUUCGAGGCCUGGAACAUGGCGAAGCUCUGGAACCUGCCGGUGGUUUACAUCUGCGAGAAUAACUUGUACAGCAUGGGAACGGCCUUGCACCGGCACUCCGCCAACACCAAACUCUACACCCGCGGAGAUCUUAUACCGGGAAUAAAGGUCGACGCAAUGAGAGUUGCGGAUGUGCGCGAAGCCGUACGUUUCAGCAGAGAUCACGCGCUUAGACACGGACCGAUUAUAAUGGAGUUCGUAACUUAUCGUUACUACGGACACAGCAUAAGCGAUCCCGGCGUCAGUUAUCGUAGCAGAGAAGAGAUCAAACUCAUGCAAACCGAGCAAGAUCCCAUCGCGCUAUUCACUAAGCUCGUGGUACAGCAAGGACUUUUGACCGAGAAAGACAUUGAGAACAUACGAAAAUCGGUGUAUAAGAAGGUCGACGAGGAAGCGGAACAAGCUAAGGCCGACUCGUGGCCGGAACUGUCGGAAAUUUCAACUGACGUUUAUGCGAAACCGCUGGAAAAAGUUCGCGGCAAAGUUCCGUGGGAAUUAUAUUGAAGAAAGCAACGUUUUGUGUUAUAUCGGUCGCGUACGUAAUUUUUUUUUCUGACAACCAGUUUUUAAUCAUUUCCCGCAUACAAAGUCUCGGAUGACUUUCCGUGUUUUUUUUUUUUUUACGUGUA